AUGACCAACACAUCUGGGCGGUUGCGCGCAGUCAGUCUGCGAGCGCGGCCGCUGGUGGGACCCUGGUCCGGGCCUCCAGCGUGCGCAGAGCCUGUUUUGGGCGGACUGCUCUGGUCGGAGGAGCAGAGCCGGGAGAGGCUGAGGAGCAGGAAGGGGCCAGCUGCUGCCGGCACGGUGCAGAAGCCAUGCGCCAGCCCUCGGCACGGCGAUUGGCCAGCCGCCGCCACGCGGGCGAAGAAGCGUGGCUGCCGCACAGGCGGUGCACAUGUAGUUCGGGCGCGCGCCGCUCCUGCCAGCAACAGAGGGGGCUGCGCGAGAGCUGCGCGCGCGCGCCUCGGGGCCCUCUCCUCUGCGCUCCUCGGAGAGCCCGAGGGGACCCGAAGUGCCUUCGGCGCGGUGACGGAUUCGGGCAAUGUGGUCUUCGGGCGUUAG